ACAGGAAACUCCGAACGGCUACAUUUCACCUUUCCCUCCCUUUUUGCAAGCGUAAGAAACGAUGAAAGCGCCCACUUCUUCGGAUUGGCCCCAUCUCUCUGUCUGUCUCUAUCUCUAUCUCUUCUCUCCCUCUCUCCACGGUCCAAUCCGUUCACAUAUUUCCACGAUCCCGCAGAUCUCGCUGCCCCAACAGAUACGCAGAGACAGAGACUCGACGAAGAAGAAAAGCUUUCAUUUUGGGUGGGUUUAAGCUGAAUUUCUUGACUUUUCUCACUUCCUCCCGAACGGAAUGCAAGUUUCUUCCUGCAAAAAGGUGGGGUUUUUCCCACCAUACAACCGUUUCCAGAUGCGGGUCGAUCGCCGUUUCGCGUAAUUCGAUCCGAUGCGGUCGGGGCAUCGCGGCUGAUGGGCUGCAUAUGCGCGAAACAGGGUGGCCGGAGGCCUGCAUCGCCGGGUUCAGGGUUCUUGACUGGUGCGGGUACCAGUAUCGGGUCGUCGAAGAUCCCAUCCGGUUUGUUCGAAUUUGAGAAGAGCAAUGCGAAGGAACCUGAGUGUCGUAGUGGGGAAUUGAGAAAGUUUGAGGAAAAGGGUUCAUUGAGCAAAAGAUUGAGAUUGGAGUCCGGAUUUUCGCAUAGGUAUGAGGAAGCCGAACAGGCGGCUGCUGGAUGGCCUUCUUGGCUCAUUGCCGUUGCUGGUGAAGCAAUUCAAGGAUUGGUUCCUCUUAAAACAGAUUCUUUCGAGAAAUUGGAGAAGAUAGGACAAGGCACAUACAGCUGUGUUUUCCGAGCGAGAGAGUUGGCAAAUGGGAGGAUGGUUGCUCUUAAAAAAGUCCGGUUAGACAAUUUUCAACCCGAGAGCAUUCAAUUUAUGGCACGAGAAAUAUCGAUCCUCCGCAGGCUGGAUCAUCCGAAUAUUAUGAAACUGGAGGGCAUAAUCACUUCUCGGUUGUCGAACAGCAUUUAUCUUGUGUUCGAAUACAUGGAGCAUGACCUUUCUGGACUAAUAUCUGCUCCUCAGAUCAUGUUCAGCGACGCCCAGGUCAAAUGCUAUAUGAAGCAGCUUUUAUCGGGAAUAGAGCACUGCCACCUACAUGGAGUGAUUCAUCGAGACAUAAAAGCUUCAAACAUUUUGGUGAACAACGAGGGGAUUCUGCGAAUAGGAGAUUUCGGAUUGGCUAAUGUUCUCAAUCCAAAGAACAGGCAGCACCUCACCAGUCACGUCGUUACUUUGUGGUACCGUCCUCCUGAGCUUCUCAUGGGUUCCACAAGCUACGGGGUGUCUGUGGAUCUGUGGAGCGUUGGCUGUGUAUUUGCAGAACUUCUGUUACGAAGACCGAUUCUCAAAGGUAGAACAGAGGUCGAGCAAUUGCACAAAAUUUUUAAACUUUGUGGUUCCCCACCCGAUGGCUACUGGAAAAUGUCUAAGAUACCCCAUGCGACCACCUUUAGACCCCGCCAUUCUUAUGAAUGCACUCUGCGAGAGAGAUGCAAAGAUAUCACAGCCAGUGCAUUGAACCUGAUGGAGACUUUUCUUUCCAUAGAACCGCACAAGCGUGGAACUGCUUCAAGUGCACUCAUAUCCGCGUAUUUCAAGACAGUACCAUAUGCAUGUGAUCCAUCAAGCUUGCCAAAGUAUCCUCCUAACAAAGAAAUUGAUGCUAAACAUCGAGAGGAGGCAUGGAGGAAAAGGGCUCGUUCUAGAGUACGAGAAACCGAAGUAGGGAAAAAGCCAACAAGAAUCCAUAGAGCUUCACAAGAGCAGGAUGUCUCCAGUAAGAUAGCUCCAAAAGAGGAGUUGCAAGGCCAGAGUCCAAUUGUUCGGAGAAAUCAUAUCAGAAGUAGCCUGAAGGGAGAAGCUGAUGUCGCAUGUAGAGAGCCUCUGAAGUCAUCUCUCGAUGCCUCGACAGUUUCAGAAGCAACGGACCCAUCUCAAGGACGGAGUAUCCUAUCAGUUCCAAUACAAAUCAGUGCAUCAAAUGGAUUCGCAUGGGCGAGAAGGCGAAAAGAUGAUCCUGCUCUGAUUAGGUCAUAUAGUAGGUCCGGCUCCAGAAGUCAAGUUAGCUCACUCGAUUCAUCAAGCAUCGUGUUUGAACCCCACGCCGCGGGCACGAACGGGGCCGCUAUGCAUGAACUGCGGCAACUUGGGAUCGAGCUUGAUCAGCUUGAUACUUUUGAAGUACGUGUAUCGACGGCUAAAACAUCCCAAUCUGAAGUUGAAGCAACAAAAUGAGUAAAGGAAAGUGAUACAUGAAGUUAUGCAUUGACAAAGUGGUUACGAACAUUGACAAGGUAGUACUAGUCAUCAUUGGCUUCGAGGUGUUACAACCAUCGAUUAGAUGCCGAUGGAUUGUCGUCAAAAUGUUCAGCCAACCUGCGGUCGGACAGAAACCGAUUUCCGGUUGGCUAUGAGUUGUUGAUAUGGCGAUAUCGAUGGGGCAGAUUCAGUGAGAGAGCUAGAUUUCUUCAUAUGUUUCUAAAUCUGAGGAAAAUUACCUUCAAUAUUCAAGAGGGGGUGUUUGUAACGCACUUAAUUUUCAAUUUCUUCAAUUUCAAUGCCUCUUAAUAUGAACGUAACCAAUUUUCUUUUGUA